AUGAGAACAUUUCGCCAACAAAACCGGUAAGUCUGCAGGAUAUGCACUAUGCUUUACCAUUACAUUUACAGUAAAUUACAUAUUGUAAUGCAAAACAUGUUACAGUAUUCUUACAGUAUGAUCUAUUGACAGUGUACUCUGUAUUGACAGAAGACCCCACGGUGGUGGCCGUGGCUGUGUGCUGACCGACCAGCAGGAGUGGGCAGUGGUGGAAAUGGUGAGGGCCAGGAAUGACAUACGGCUGUCCGAAAUAAAGCAGACCAUUGAGGAGAACGAUGACACCUUUGCCAAUAUGGCAUUCAUCAGCCUACCAACAAUCGCCCGCCUUUUGAAGAGGAACCAGGUAUCUAUGAAACACAUUAACAUGGUGUCUUUUGAGAGAAACAACGACUGGGUGAAACAACUGCAACCCGAGUAUGUUCAGGUACAGCACUAUAUACUGUAUUACUGUUACUAUUUGAUGCACAUUCUACUUCACAAUAUGAUAUUGUAACUAACCAAAAUAUAUUUGUAGAGGGUGAUGGUGCUUGAUGCUGCUGUGAACCAUCACAAAUAUAUACAGUAUUUGUUGAUGAAGCGAGCUUCAACCUGGCCAAAACUCCACGCCGUGGGCGGAACCUCAACCGCCAACAGGCGACCGUCCAAGUGCCUGGACAACGUGGAGGAAACAUCUCCAUGUGUGCAGCUAUCUCUGAAGAUGGUGUGGUAGGACAUUGCCCAUUACUUGGAUCCUACAACGCUGCACACCUCAUUGUGUUUCUCAAUUAAAUUGAGCAAGCCUGUCAGACUCCUGAGUGGCGCAGUGGUCUAAGGCACUGCAUAG